GUCCUCCGGGGGGUCACGAGAUUGCGGUGGACUUUAGGCCGAGUGGUGGCCUCUGAGGCGGCAGUGGGCGCACAUCGGCUCCUCCUCACCGAAGACUUAUCUAAUGGUAAACUGCAGUUGUAUUUGCUGUGCGCCUCCCUUAAUAAAAAGCCAUAUAAACAUCCAGUGCUGCCAAAGCUCAUGGAGUUGCUGCACGACAUGGAAAUGGAUCCCAAGCUAACUGUAUUAAAAGCCAAUUUACAUCCCGAUGACACCCCUUACACGACGUCCCACGAGAGCGAGUCGAGCGGUGCCUCUGAACGUGUCGUUCCCCACGACCACAACCCAUUGAACGAGAGUGGGAUCGACGACUUGACCACCACUUCCAGUUCCUCCGGUUAACGGAUUCUCUCUAUUCUUCAGUAUUUUAUAUGUCAUUCAAUGUUAUACUUCCCACUCAUAUGUCUAUCAAUUAAUAAAUAAUUAAGUUUUACGAGAAUUAAGACUUAGUUAUAGUUUCUGUGGGCGCACUAUAUAUUCAUUUACGUAUUUGUUUAAUAAAUAUUCAAUUACUGGAAUAGUAAUAAGAUUAAAAAUA